UGAAUUGUUUUCGUGUGAUCAAAGAGAAAUGUAAAAGUUAAACUUGAAACUUAAUCAAUUGGUUCAUGGAAUCAUCCUUAAAAGGUGACAUAUCGAACUUUUGUCUUUACAUAGCCAAAAACAAUGGCUGACAACAAAUGACAGUGACUUCAGAAAAUCAUCCCAUCUGCCAUUCUUAAACCAGCAAGUCAAACUAGAACAAAAGGUCCAAAACUACCAUUUUCAAGCAACCCUUCAGAAAAUCACCACAAGCAAUUUUCUUGUAAUUUGCUUAUAUAAGCCUGGCUUAGAAACCAAUAUUCAGCAAUUACAAUGGAUCUGAAAGUUGAAAAUGGAUGCAUCCAAGAAGAUAAGGGAUUGGGUUGGGGGAAGUCCUUGACAGUUCCAAGUGUCCAGGAAAUAGUGAUGAAUGAUUCUCAAUCAGUUCCUGAAAGAUACAUCCGAGAACACAAGGACAGGCCAUUAGUGUCUCAGAUCUUUCCAGCUUCACUGGAAAUUCCAAUCAUAGAUUUCUCCUUGCUAGCCAAAGGAGAUGAGCAUGAAAGAAGGAAGCUAGACCUUGCUUGCAAGGAAUGGGGAUUUUUUCAGAUAACAAAUCAUGGUGUGGAAGAGGAGAUCCUGCACAAGAUGAAAGCAGCUGUGGCAGCUUUCUUUGAGCUACCACUGGAAGAGAAAAAGAAGUAUGCAAUGGCAGCAAAUGAUAUUCAAGGAUAUGGACAAGCCUAUGUAGUCUCAGAGCAGCAAAAACUGGACUGGUGUGACAUGAUAUUCUUAAUCACUCUCCCUCCUGAAAACAGGAAUUUCAAGUUCUGGCCACUCACUUUACCAGGUUUCAGAGAGGCAAUGGAGGUAUACACAAAAGAAGUACAAAUUGUUGCUGAGGAAAUAUAUGCUAACAUAUCACUAUUGAUGGGGAUGGAUAGAGAUGGUCUAAGAAGGCUGCAAGGGGAGCUUAAACAAUGCAUGAGAAUGAAUUAUUAUCCAGCUUGUUCAAGGCCUGAUCUUGUUCUUGGUGUUAGCCCCCAUUCAGAUGGAAGCUCAUUAACUUUGCUUCUGCAAGAUUAUGAGAUCACUGGCCUCCAAAUUAAGCACAAAGAAGAGUGGAUUCCAGUUAAACCAAUUCCAAAUUCUCUUGUGGUUAACAUUGGUGACGUUGUUGAGAUUCUGAGCAAUGGAAUGUACAAAAGCAUUGAACACAGAGCCAUCACCAAUGAGAAGAAAGCAAGAAUUUCGAUCGCAACAAUUGCACUUCCGGAUGAAGAACUAGAAAUUGGUCCACUUGACACGAUGGUGGAUGAUCACCGUUGCCCUAGAAUGUAUAAAAAAGUUAAAUAUGUUGAUUACAUCAGGCAAUUUUUAGCUAGGAAAUUGGAAGGAAAAGCUCACACUGACCUGGUGAAGAUAGAAAACAAGUAACACCAGCUGUUCUCUUGAAUUCUGUAUUACUAGAUGAAAAGGGGCAAGUAAAUAAAUAAAUAAUUGACUCUUUUCUUAGCAAAAAAGGAAAAUGAAGAAAAAUAAUUUCAUAGUCAAUUUGGAAUGAAGAAUAAGCCCAUGUAUCUUGAUUUCAUGUACAUUAUUACUACAUUACUUGCUUGUUAGUUUUUUUUUUCAAUUAAACCGAAAGCUAAACCAGGACUGAUGGAUCUAGAAUCUUUCUAUAUAAUCUAGAAUCU